GCAGAGGUUCCUGGGUCUCACUUCAUGUUUUGGAUUCUGUGAGACUGGAUGAGAGGCGGCUGGCCUGCCUCAGAGCACUGCCAUGAACCACUUCCAGGCCAUCCUGGCCCAGGUGCAGACACUGCUGUCCAGUCAGCAGCCCAGGCAGGUGCGGGCCCUCCUGGAUGGCUUGCUGGAAGAAGAGCUGCUCUCACGGGAAUACCAUUGUGCCCUGCUUCAUGAGCCUGAUGGUGAGGCUCUGGCCCGGAAGAUUUCCCUCACCUUGCUGGAGAAAGGGGACCUGGACUUGGCGUUCGUGAGCUGGGUUUGCAACAGGCUGCAGGUCCCCGAGGUAGAGAGGGGCCCCAACUUCAGGGACCAUGGAGGCCAUACUCUGUGUGCCACCAUGGAGCUGGGUUCUCCAGAGGGCAGCUACCUGGAGCUCCUUAACAGCGAUGCUGACCCCCUACACCUCUACCACCUUUAUGACCAGAUGGACCUUGCUGGGGAGGAAGAGAUUGAACUCAACUCAGAGACAGACAUGGACACCAUCAACUGUGACCAGUUCAGCAAGCUGUUGCAGGAUAUGGAAAUGGAUGAAGAGACCCGGGAGGCCUAUGCCAAUAUCGCGGAACUGGAUCAGUACGUGUUCCAGGAUACCCAGCUGGAGGGCCUGAGCAAGGACCUCUUCAUACAGCACAUUGGACCAGAGGAAGGCUUUGGUGAGAACGUAGAGGUCCCUGCAGAAUCAGGAGAGAGGCCUCAGAAGAGACGCUUCCCAGAAGAGCAUGCUAUGGACUCAAAGCACAGGAAGCUAGUGCCUCCCUCUAGGACCUCACUGAACUACUUGGAUCUCCCCGCUGGGCAUAUCCAGAUCUUCACCACUCUGCCCCAGGGACUCUGGCAAAUCUCAGGGGUUGGCACAGGGCUCUCCAGUGUCCUAGUCUACCACGGUGAGAUGCCCCAGGUCAACCAAUUACUCUCUUCAAGCAGCCCCACUGUCCCCAGUCUCCCCGAGUCCCCAGACCGGCCUGGCUCCACCAGCCCCUUCGCGCCAUCCGCUGCUGACCUGCCCGGCAUGCCUGAACCUGCUCUGACCUCCCGUGUAAAUGAGACAGAGGACACAACACCCCCCUCCCCAUGCCAAGAGGAUCCCGAGCCUUCCAUCAAGCUUCCAAAAUGGCCAGAGUCCGUGGAGCGGUUCCAGCACUCCCUACAGGACAAGUACCAAGCACUGCCCGGGAGCCCAAGUGGUCCUCUCGUAGCCAUGGAGCUGGUGCGGGCCAGGUUGGAAAGAGGUAGCAACAAGAGUCAGGAAAGGGAGCUGGCCACUCCUGACUGGACAGAGCGCCAGCUAGCCCAUGGCGGUCUGGCCGAGGUACUUCGGGUUGUCGGCGACUCCAGGAGACCACGAGAGACACAGGUGGUCGCUGUGCUGGGCAAGGCUGGUCAGGGCAAGAGCCACUGGGCCAGGACAGUGAGCCACACUUGGGCACAAGGCCAGUUACCACAAUAUGACUUUGUCUUCUAUGUCCCCUGUCAAUGCUUGGAUCGCCCUGGGGACACCUACCACCUGCGGGAUCUGCUCUGUCCCCCGACCCUGCAGCCACUGGCCAUGGAUGACGAGGUCAUUGAUCAUAUUGUGAGGCAGCCGGACCGUGUUCUGCUCAUCCUAGAUGCUUUUGAGGAGCUAGAGGCCCAAGACAGCCUCCUGCAUGGACCCUGUGGACCUCUGUCCCCAGAGCCCUGCUCCCUCCGGGGACUGCUGGCUGGGCUCUUCCAGCGUAAGCUGCUGCGAGGCUGCACCCUGCUCCUCACAGCCCGGCCCCGGGGCCGCCUAGCUCAGAGCCUGAGCAAGGCAGAUGCCAUCUUCGAGGUGCCCAGCUUCUCUACGAAACAGGCCCAGAUGUAUAUGAGGCACUACUUUGAGAACUCAGGGACAGCAGAGAGUCACGACAAGGCCCUGGGCCUCCUGGAGGGCCAGCCUUUUCUCCUCACCCACAGUCACAGCCCUGUUGUGUGCAGUGCCGUGUGUCAGCUCUCCAAGGCCCUGCUGGAUCAGGGCGCAGAGGCCCAGCUACCUUGCACACUCACAGGACUCUAUGUCGGCCUGCUAGGCCCUGCAGCUCAGAACAGCCCUCCUGGAGCCUUAGUUGAGUUGGCCAAGCUAGCCUGGGAGCUGGGACGGAGGCACCAAAGCACCUUGCAGGAAACCCAGUUUCCAUCCGUGGAAGUGAAGACCUGGGCCGUGGCCCAAGGCUUGAUGCAGCAGACCACAGAGGCCCAGCUGGCUUUCUCCAGUUUUCUGCUACAGUGCUUCCUGGGUGCUGUGUGGCUGGCACAGUGCAAUGAGAUGAAAGACAAGGAGCUGCCACAGUACCUGGCCUUGACCCCGAGGAAGAAGCGACCCUAUGACAACUGGCUGGAGGGCGUACCACGCUUUCUGGCUGGCUUAGUUUUCCAGCCUCGAGCUCACUGCCUGGGAGCUCUGGUGGAGCCUGCAGCGGCUGCAGUGGCAGAUAGGAAACGGAAGGUUCUUACCAGGUACCUGAAGCGCUUGAAGCUGGGGACACUUCGGGCCGGGAGGUUGCUGGAGCUGCUACACUGUGCCCACGAAACCCAGGAACCUGGUAUUUGGAAGCACGUUUCACACCAGCUCCCAGGGCACCUCUCCUUCCUGGGCACACGGCUUACAGCCCCAGAUGUGUAUGUGCUGGGCAGGGCCUUGGAGACCGCCAGCCAGGACUUCUCCUUGGACCUUCGUCAGACUGGCAUCGAGCCCUCCAGACUGGGAGACCUCGUGGGACUCAGCUGUGUCACCAGUUUCAGGGCCUCCUUGAGUGACACAAUGGCAUUAUGGGAGUCCCUACAGCAUCAGGGAGAAACCCAGCUACUCCAGGCGGCAGAGGAGAAGUUCACCAUUGAGCCAUUUAAGGCCAAAUCCCCAAAGGAUGUGGAAGACCUGAACAGCCUUGUGCAGACCCAGAGGCUGAGAAACCCCUCAGAGGAUGCAGCCAAGGAUCUUCCUGCCAUCCGGGACCUUAAGAAGCUAGAGUUUGCAUUGGGCCCCGUCUUGGGCCCGCAGGCUUUCCCCACACUGGCCAAGAUCCUUCCAGCAUUCUCUUCCCUGCAGCACCUGGACCUGGACUCACUUAGCGAGAACAAGAUCGGGGACAAAGGUGUGUCGAAGCUCUCAGCCACCUUCCCUCAGCUGAAGGCCCUGGAGACGCUCAACCUGUCCCAGAAUAGCAUCACCGAUGUGGGCGCUUGCAAGCUUGCAGAAGCCCUGCCGGCCCUGGCCAAGUCCCUCCUAAGGCUGAGCUUGUACAACAAUUGCAUCUGUGACGAAGGGGCCAAGAGCCUGGCACGAGCGCUUCCAGACAUGGUGUCCCUGCGGGUGAUGGAUGUCCAGUUCAACAAGUUCACGGCUGUUGGGGCCCAGCAGCUGACCUCCAGCCUUCAGAAGUGCCCUCAGGUGGAGACACUGGCAAUGUGGACACCCACUAUCCCCUUUGGGGUCCAGGAACACCUGCAGCAGCUGGAUGCCCGGAUUAGCCUGAGAUGACCCUGCUGUACCCUGGACAAGCCGUACUCUGGGACACUGACCAUGCUGGACCUUGAACUGGAUACUGUGGACUCAGCUCUUCUGCGGGCCAUAUCCCAGGAGAGUCAGCAUCCUAUCACCCUGCCCCUGCAGGCUCAGAGUUGGGCCCUGCCUACAUGAGGACUGGAUACACGUCUGGUUCCUCUGCAGGCUCCAAGGCCAGCUGCAGGCUCUUCUGGCGCCAGGUAUGAAGACGCCCCGCUCUGCGUCUGUGAGCGCUGGCAGACAGGCCUGGGGCUCCUUCGUGUGGGUUCACCCAGGAGGCCGAAGGCCUUCUCUUCGACAUUCCAGGCCAGAGUGAGGAACUGAAGCAUCCAAGGGCCUGCCUGCCUGGUGAGAAAUCAUGUCUUCCUGCUGCUCCCAGCGGCCUACUGGAGGCUCUGAAGAUGCUAAUGGCGAUGCUGGUCUGCGACCUCUAGAGGUGACAGGGAGCCUAUGGCAGCUCUUUCUACUUGUGGCACUGUUCAUAAACUUUAGGUCGAAGCUGAGUCGGGCCUGGCCCAGGCCCUGCACUGAAACAAGAGCCAGGGCACGGUCCACCUCAGGGCUGUGGCGGGCAGCUCUUCUGGCCUCUCCUUCGCACUCACUACACUUUAAAUGCACCAAGUCCCAUCUGGGGACACCUUCUGUCUCAUCUAAUGCAAAAACAAGCAAAUAAACAAAACAAGAGAAAUCCCAAACCAGCCAAACCACAGUAACUUAAAACAGUCCACAUCUGCCCACCAGGCAGGCUCAGCCGUCUGUCUCCACCAACCAGAAGUCAGGCUGGAGUCAUCUUGAGUGUGGCAUGUGACACAGGUUGCUAGCUGGGAGCCCUGAGUCUUUACUGGCACAGCUGGCUGGGGCUCAUAUUUUAGCUGUGUUAUAGGGGGACCACCCAGAGAGGAGAAAGUGAGGAGACACAAGCCAGCAGAGACAGUCUGUAGACUGUUCAGAACAGGCCUUGAGGCCACACAGUAUGGCUUCUACCACCUUCCACCUCGCCCUUGUGCAUACCAUACACCCACUACCGCUGAGGCCCUGUCUUCACUGCAAAGAUCUUCGUAGCUUCCAAAGAUGCAGUGAAAAGCUCUUACUCCCGGACCUGAGGCCUGAAGCAGUGAGCACCAUACAGUGGAGUGUUCUCUCCUGCUGCCUUGCUGCAUCCUGGGAGCAUCUCUGUAGCCAAGUUGGCCAGCCUUGGCUGCAGCUAGCCCAAAGAGCUUGGCAGCACCUGCGCCAUUGUUCCUGUUUUCUCUGGCCACCACUUUGAGCUCAGGCACCAUUGAUCCCUCCAUCUGGACGGUGACAGCUUGCCUUCAUGUCUUGGCAGAGGGAGCUGUCUGUGUGACUCCAGCAUGCCAGCCCUGAUGCCAGCAGGACUGGCAUGUCCCAGGAGGUGGGAACUGGGCUAGAGGGCCUGGGGUCGGGGGUCAGGGGUCAGGCCUCUCGGAGGUGAUUCUUGAAGAGGAUCCAGCUGCAGCUCAGGUUUACGUAAGACCUGAUAGGGCAUCAGGCUCAGGGGUGGCACAUGGAAGUCCCAUGUAUGUGACCACAAGGGGACAGCACUGAGGCACUCUCCAAGGCAGGCACCUGCUGUACCUCUGCUUUGGUUUGUCUGGAGAUGCCAAAAUGCCUCUCAUUACUGUGUUGAUGCCUGUCAUCUUAAUGAGUUGAUUAGGUGAAGGCACUCAUUAUAGUGGCCAGGGACAUAGUAAAUGCUCAACAAAUCUCA